CCUUCCAUUUCCUCUCUCUCUUUAGCCGCGCUACUGCUCAAAUCUCUCUCUCUCUCUCUCUCUCUCUCUCUCUCUCUUAUGGAUACGACUUGGACCCGGUACUCCGGCCGCCGCCUCCGUCAAACCUAGCGGACCUUUAGAUUCAACGGAGGAGACUAUAUCCGACGGUCCAGAUCUCCGCUGAAAAGCUGAAUCCGCCGCAGCCAUGGAAGACGAGAAAGGAGCACUAGUCCAAAAGCUGAUCGACGUCGUCAACGAGAUUUCGGUGGUAUCGGAUUUCAGGUGUACGGUGAAGAAGCAGUACUGCAACCUGGCGAGGCGGCUGAAGCUGCUGACUCCAAUGUUCGAAGAGAUUCGCGACAUCAAGGAGCCGGUCCCCGAGGAGUCGUUCCGAGCCCUGAGCUCGUUGAAGGAGGCCCUGGAAUCGGCCAGAAACUUGCUCAGGUUUGCUAGCGAAGGGAGCAAGAUUUAUAUGGUCCUAGAGAAGGAUGACAUUAUGAAUAGAUUCCAAGAAGUGACAACUUGUUUGGAACAAGCUCUAGGUGGAAUUCACUAUGAAAGGCUUGACAUUUCAGAUGAAGUCAAGGAACAGGUUGAACUUGUACAAUCUCAAUUCGUAAGAGCAAAAGGAAGGGUCGAUGUACCCGAUCUUGAGUUGUAUGAGGAUCUCUUGUUCCUUUACAACAAGAACAAUGAUGUAUCAGCUGAUCCAGCUGUCUUAAGAAGAGUAGCUGAAAAAUUACAACUGAUGGGGGUAGCUGAGCUCACCCAAGAAUCAAUAGCCUUGCAUGAGAUGGUUUCUGCCUCUGGAGAUCCAGGAGAGAGCAUAGAGAAGAUGUCAAUGCUACUGAAGAAAAUUAAGGAUUUUGUGCAGACUGAGAAUCCUAACUUGGAUUCUCCGUCAAGGGGAAACUCUAUUCCUUCAAGUUGCAGUGGGCAAGUGUCCACAGAGGAGGCUCACAAAUCCAUUAUCAUACCAGAUGAUUUCCGGUGUCCAAUAUCCCUGGAAUUGAUGAGGGAUCCUGUCAUUGUCUCCACUGGGCAGACGUAUGAGCGAUCCUGCAUUGAGAAAUGGCUGGACGCAGGGCAUGAAACAUGUCCAAAGACACAACAAGCCCUCAGUAGCACUGCCCUUACACCCAACUAUGUCCUUCGUAGCCUCAUAGCCCAAUGGUGCGAGGCAAAUGGGGUCGAAUCGCCAAAACGAGCAAGCUCUCGACCGAACAAGACUUCAUCGGCUUUCUCAUCUGCUGAACGUACCAAGAUAGAGACUCUACUGCACAAGCUCACAUCCGGUAACCCAGAAGACCAGCGAUCCGCAGCAGGCGAAAUUCGUCUUCUUGCCAAACGCAAUGCAGAUAACCGUGUCGCCAUUGCAGAGGCUGGGGCCAUCCCUCUGCUUGUCGACCUUCUCUCCACACCUGAUUCGCGCACCCAAGAGCAUGCGGUUACAGCACUCCUCAACCUUUCCAUAUGCGAGGACAACAAAGGAAGCAUCAUAACAUCUGGGGCAGUGCCUGGAAUAGUCCUCGUGCUGAAAAAGGGAAGCAUGGAAGCGCGUGAAAAUGCAGCAGCCACCCUAUUUAGCCUCUCGGUCGUGGAUGAAAAUAAGGUUACAAUAGGCAGCUCUGGUGCGAUCCCACCACUUGUAACGCUUCUUAGCGAAGGUACCCAAAGGGGGAAGAAAGAUGCUGCAACGGCACUUUUCAACUUGUGCAUUUACCAAGGGAACAAAGGAAAGGCAGUUAGGGCUGGAGUGGUGCCCACAUUGAUGCGCCUACUUACGGAACCACAAGGUGGAAUGGUGGACGAGGCGCUAGCUAUACUGGCGAUACUCUCUAGCCAUCCGGACGGCAAAGCAGCCAUUGGAGCUGCGGAGGCUGUGCCGGUUUUGGUAGAGGUUAUUGGAAGUGGGUCCCCCAGGAACAAAGAGAAUGCUGCAGCUGUUAUGGUUCACCUCUGUUCUGGAGACCAGAAAUAUCUGGUUGAGGCUCAGGAGCUUGGAGUGACGGGUCUGCUAGUUGAUUUGGCACAAAAUGGAACGGAUAGGGGAAAGAGAAAGGCCGUGCAGUUGCUUGAGAGAAUGAAUAGAUUCGCCGAGCAGCAGAAGCAGGCCCAGGCCCAGGCCCAAGCUGAGGCUCAAAACUAGCCGCCGCCGUGAUGCUGUUGAUGUUUGAGAACUUUCGGUUUUCUCAUAUGUUGGCUUUGUUUCUUUGGUUCGUUCUUUCGGGUAUUUAAAGUUGGGAAGGGUGUAUCGGUUCGAUUAGAAGGGGGGGGAGGUGGAAGAUCACCAUCCCCUCAGGCCUCAGCUUAAGUUAUUCAUCUGAUUUUGUUGGGUUGAGGGCUAUACUUCGGUAAUCCCGAGUAAUUAUUCAUAGAAUCAUCAGAUCAAAGGAGAAAAAACAGAGAGAGAGAGAGAGAGGUAUGGAAAUGUGACUUGCCAUGUACUGUAUUUGGAGUGAACCAUUGUAACAUCAUGUGUAACUGUUGAGCAUCCUCAAGGUUUUUAAUUGAAGGAGAUGUUUCCCUGUAUCCCCCUGUCAAACUCUACUACAUUGUUUUUCCCCAUAUUGAACAAUUUCGACACUUUUAAAUGAAAUGUAAGUUAGGUCAUUGUAUAA